GGUUGGCGUCGGGGGACGAUGGCGGCGCUGGGCGAGCCGGUGCGGCUGGAGCGAGAUAUCUGUAGAGCGAUUGAGUUGCUGGAAAAAUUACAAAGAAGUGGAGAAGUGCCACCACAAAAACUACAGGCUUUGCAAAGGGUCCUUCAAAGUGAAUUCUGUAAUGCUGUAAGGGAGGUCUAUGAACAUGUGUAUGAAACUGUGGACAUCAGCAGUAGCCCUGAAGUCAGAGCUAAUGCAACAGCAAAGGCUACUGUAGCUGCAUUUGCUGCCAGUGAAGGUCAUUCCCAUCCCAGAGUGGUUGAACUGCCAAAAACUGAAGAAGGUCUUGGAUUCAACAUUAUGGGAGGCAAAGAACAAAAUUCUCCAAUCUAUAUCUCUCGAAUUAUCCCAGGCGGUAUAGCUGAUAGACAUGGGGGCCUGAAACGUGGAGACCAGCUUCUUUCUGUGAACGGAGUGAGUGUUGAAGGUGAACACCAUGAAAAAGCUGUAGAACUGCUGAAAGCGGCCCAAGGAAAGGUUAAAUUAGUUGUACGAUACACACCAAAGGUUCUGGAAGAAAUGGAGUCAAGAUUUGAAAAAAUGAGAUCAGCAAAACGCAGGCAGCAAAACUAACUUUGUAUGUGAUAAUUUAAAGAGAAAAUAUAUUCCAGUUACACUUUAUAAUUUGCUUUGUGACUCAGUUGAUCUACUGUCUAGGCUACAAAAGACACUGUUCUUUUCACAGAAUUGCAGAAUUGUUGAGGUUGGAAGGGACCUUUAGAAAUCGUUUGGUCCAACCACCUGCUCAAACUCCUUUGAGUCAGCUAGAGCAGGUUGCUCAGGACUGUGUUCAGUCAGGUUUUGAACAACUCCAAGGAUGGAUACUCCACAGCCUCUUUGGGCAGCCUGGUCUAGUGUUCAGCCACCCUCACAGUAAAAAAUUCUUUGUUUAAGCAGAAUUUCCUGUAUUUCAGUUUGUGUCCAUUGUCUUUUAUUCUUUCCCUGGGCACCACUAAGAAGAGUCUGGCUCUAUCUUCUUUAUGCCCUCCCAUAAGGUGCUUAUACACUCUGAUAAGAUUUCCCGGAGCCUUCUCUUCUCCGGGCUGAAAAGUCCCAACUCAGCCUCUCAUCAUAUGUUGGAUGCUCCAAUCGCUUAAUCAUCUUUGUGGCCCUUUGCUGGACUUACUCCAGUAAGUCUGUCUCUCUUUUCCUGGGCAUCCCAGAAUUGGGCACAGCACUCUAGCUGUGGCCACCAAUACUGAGCACAGGGGAAGGAGCAACUCCCUCAGCCUGCCACCAGCUUUUUACCUAACUCGGCCCGGGAGGCUUUUGACUUCCUUUGCUGCAAUGGCAUGUUGUUGGCUUGUGGUCAGGUUGUUUACCAGGACCCACUGGUCCUUCUCUGCAAAGCUGCUCUCCAGCCAGUCAGUCAGUCACCAGCCUGUACUACUGCAGGGGUUAUUCCUCCUGGGGCAGGACUUUGCACUUCCUUUUGAACUUCAUGAAGUUCUCUGCCUGUUUCUCCAGCCUGUUGAGGUCCCUCUGAAUGACAGCCCAGUAAGUCCUCCCAGUUUGGUGUUGUCUGCAAACUUAGUGACAGUGCACUGUCCCAUCAUUCAGGUCACUAAUGAAGAUGUUGAGCAGUAUUGACACCAGUAUCAACCCCUUGGGCACAUCACUAGUGACUGGCUUCUGGCUGGACUUUGUGCAGCUGAUCAUAACUCUUUAAACCUGGCAGUUCAGCCUUUUUCAAAAUGUUUGUUUUCUGUUUUCAUGUGGUUUUCACUGUUUAAAAAUGUGUACUUUUAAAACGGCCUAAGAUAUCCUGAGAAAGCACGUUUGUUGAUGUUUCUAUUGAGUUGAUUUUUUACAAAUCUUUUUCAGAUCAGAACCUUUAAGCAUGAAACAAACUUAAAGAUUUUUUUCAAAGUCAUUUAAUAAGAGAUUUCUACAGUUGACUUUUUUUUUAACACUACUUUUUUGGCAUUAUUUAAAACUGAUUCCGCAGGGUUUUUUGCUAAAUGGUUUUGAAAGCAAAGAGUAUGUAGCAGGAUUUUGGCACUUUUCUUAAAACAUGUUGUAUAUCAACUGCAAAAACCUAAUCAUGAUCUACUGUGUAGCUGAUAAUGAUACUAGAUUUUGUAAUUUUUUGAGUACAUUAUUUUUACACUUCUGCUAAAUCAUAACUCGUUACUCUGAAAAUUUUAUUACCUCGCUUGUAAAUAAUUUACAGUUGGUGUUCACUUAUGACUUUGUAAUAGCUGACAUUUAAAAAUUUGCAACAAUCAUUCCUGUAAUUUAUAUUAUUUUGUACUAAUUUUGGAGAAGUUAAGGGAAAAAGAUGUAAUUGUGAUUGCAGUCCUGGAUUGACUCUCUAAAUGUAUUUUUGUAUUCAGAAAAAGCAAAAUAUGUUAAUGCAGUUCAGAAGGAAUUCCAGUUGUUUCCCUGACUUCCUGCUGUUUUUAAAAAAACACAUUCAUCUUAAUUGUCAUACCUCUGUUGCGCUUUCAGUAUAUUCAGUUGUAAUCUUCUCUUGAAGGGUGACUGUACAAGAUUUUGAAUAGUUAGUACCUAAAUUACUGUCAUGUUUGUAAGAGUGAAAUUUUUUAAGCUUAUAUGCCAAGUUCCAAGAAAAGUUCAAAUGUCAGGGAAUUCAUCACUGACUGCUUCUGAUUAGAGGAUACUUGUUCGUACUGCAGAAGUAGUAGCAUCAACAUGCAUAUAAAACUUGAUGUGGAAUGACGCGGUAAAUAGUAAGGAAAUCUCCAGGUAUAAGCAAUUAAUGUUUUAUCUCAAGCAUGUUUGAUGGAAGCAUUGUUAUUGUAUGCCAUACUGGAGAAACUGUUUUUCUGGAUAGUGGGACACCUCUUGGAAUCUACCAGGUUUGGAGCUGUACUUAUAUAAUGUUUUUUUAAAAAAAAAAAAAAAGAAAGAAAAAAAGAAAAGAAAAAAACUUCACCUUUUGGUGUAUAUUUAGAAUCAACUUGGUUGUCUACUGCAUGUCUGUUCACUUGCAAGGCAGCUAUGACUGCAUCCUAAUGACUGUUAGUAAGUUGAUUCUUAAAGGCUUACUCUGAAAAGCGCAGCUCUCACUACAUGGCUGAUCUCUUGUCUCUUCACAUGGAGCAGUAUGAUGCAUUGUGAAUUUAAUUCAGUAUGUGAAAGAAAGUAAAAAGUUAAAGAUCUAAAGACAGCAUGAAUUCUGUGCAUGAAUUCUGUGCUUUGUCAGUUGAUCUUUUGGAAAAGAAACCGCACAGGAUUGAUACAGACAAGUAUCAUGCAACAUGUGGUUGCUUUCUGCAUGUUUGUAAGCAUGGUGAGCCUGCAAAGAGAAAAUUUGAUUUUAAAGAUGCUGAUAAUUUGAAAAUGCAGUAUAAGUAUUUAUCAGUUAGAUGACAUUGAGCACUGAAUUGCAUGGUUGAGUAUCUAUCAUAGGCCUCUUUCAAAAGGCUUCAUGUUACUGAUAGGACCAUGUUGUUGAAUUGUAUAUUUCUAUGGAACAAGUAGUGUUUGAAAUAUUGAGACCAAAAUCACUAGUUAGACCAAUAAUGGAUGUGUUUUAAUUUAAUUGUAAAAUAGUAGAGAUUUGUUUUAGAGACAGAGAAAAGAUUUAUAUAUAUAUAUAUACACACACACACACAUAUAUAUAUAUAUAUAUGAAAUGUGUGAGUACAAGAUAGAAAUGUGUUUUAAGACCUGUAUCCCUUGUGUUACUGAAAAAAGCGAUGGUUUUUGUUACUCUAAAUAUUUACUUUAGUUUACUGCUAAAUGCAGUAGCAUUUUCAUGUUGAAUUGUAGCACUUGGAUACAGUUUGUCUGUCAACUAAUACAAAAUGUGGGGAGGCUUGUCUGGAUGUAAAGGUGUUGUAUGUGUAGGAUUUCUUAGUAAGUUUCUAAAUGGCAACAACAAAAAACUUCCAAUAAACAGACAAUUCAUUAAAAGUUAUCUUUAAUACUGUGACAGCCUUGUAAUAUUAAUGAAGACAUGGAUGAAAAUUACCAAGAAACUAUCUUUAUUACUACUGAGCAGUGCCUGUACUGUUUUAACACGCAGUCCCUAUACACUUGGUGUACUGAGUAUGUGAACAAGUUAAGAGGUAUCAUUUCUGCAGAUAACUUCUGCAUCUGUUGCUGCUGUGAGGGAUCUCUGGGUUUUAUCAAGAGGAAAAUAAAAGUUGAAUUUCA